AAUGAAAGUGGAUGGGAGAGCAGUAUACAGGGGCGUGGGGCAAAGUUCCUCAGGACGUAGGAAUGAGCCUCUCCUUACCUCUGGCAUAACAGGUGCAAGCUGCAGUCAGAGAGCAACCGUCCGUGUGAGUUCCUGGGCCAUGAGAGGGAGAGAUUGAUCCGAAUUCGAGGCAGGAACUGACGUGAAGUGGGGACAGGAGGCUUGGACGAUGCACACAGGUAUUGGUCUGCUCUGGGCAGGCCUACUGUCAGGCCUGGCGGAGUGUAUCGAGAUCCAAGCUAACAGCCCAGUGAGGGCUGUCGUGGGAGACAUCACGAGCCUGGAGGUUGUUUACAAAAGCAUUCACCCCCCCCAUGUCGACUGGGCCCGGGGUAAGACCUUUGCCAGUUGGAAGGUGGGUCAGAGCACAUCGUUAGACGUGUCCCUGGCUUUCAAGGGUCGGCUGAGGGUUAACACCAGCUCGGCGUCGAUUGAACUCCUUAACACAACUCUCUCCGACAAUGGGACUUACGUUGUCUCCUUAACUGCGGUGGACGAGGAGCCGAGCAGCAGGACCGUCACGCUCCGAGUGUAUGAGCUCAUCAAGGGCGUCAAGGUGGUGACACCCGUGGGUGACGUGAAGGAGGGUGAACCCAAGGUGACCAUGACCUGCACCAUGGCAACGGGGACAUGGGACACCCUGAUAUGGACCAAGGACGGCAAGCAGAUCGUCAGUGAUGCUCACACAGUGAUAGCCGGCGAUGAGUUAACAAUUAAGGACGUGAUUAGAGGGGACAGUGGAACGUAUACCUGCUCCGUACAAAACCCCUUCAGCAAUGAUGCAUCCCACAAGCUGCUCAGGAUCUACUAUGGUCCGGACGUGCCCACCGUCAGCAUCGUGUCCUCGCUGGACCCCGAGCCCUCCCGCUUCGUCCUGGUCAAUUCCACCGUCAACCUGACCUGCGCCACCAGCUCCGAGCCGCCCGCCCAGCACUUCUGGAGCGUCGGGGAGAGCGGCGACACCAGCGUGCCCUCCGACCCCACCCUGACCCUGGAGCGUGUCCAACUGGACCAGGCCGGGGUGUACAGCUGCAUCGUCGUGAACACCAAGAUGGGCCGCAGCGUGAGGAAGACCCUGACCCUUAACGUCUACGAGCUGCCUUGGGGGGAGCCAUCUUGUUCGAUGGUGUCCGUGGAGAACCACAGGACCCUGCAGUUUUCCUGCGCCUGGCGGGGCGGAUACCCCAGGGCUCGGAUCCACUGGCUGGGCCUGUCACGGAACAUCAGCGCAGACUCCCAGCUCGUCCUCAACGAGAACUCGCCCGCCCGGCUGUCGGGGGAGAACGUGACGUGUGUGGCCCUUCACAGCGCGGCCGUCAAGUACUGCACCCUCCGGCCAAUGGCUCCGUGGGUCACCCUAUCCCGAUGGACAGUCAGGGAGACUCAGAGCGAUGUCACAGUGACCCUGAAAUGUGAGGUUGGUUCGAAUCCAGCUGCCGUUAUCCACUGGUUCAAGGGACAGAAAGAGUUAGUGAGUGAGGGGAAACUCAUCAUCUCACUCAACCGCUCGGAAAUACAAAUCCAGGAUUUCUCCGUACGGAAUGACACUGGGAAUUACAGCUGUUCCUGCAGAAAUCCUCUGGGAGAGAGCAGACCCAGUCUGAUGCUCACAGCCCCCCAGGUCUCUGGCCUGACCGUGCGUCGACUCAAUGGGACAGCGGCCUCCAUCGCCUGGAGCACACGGGACUCUGACGUGGUCACCUCGUUCCUGGUGCAGUCGCAGAGCAACACACAGAGGGUCUCCUCCUCCUCCUCCUCCUCCUCCUCCUCCUCCUGGGUAACCCUGAAGGAGGCUGGCAUGGCGGAGCGCACUGCCACCAUCACCCAGCUCCGGGAGGAGCAGGGCUACUUCUUCCGAGUGCUUCCGCUGACGGGAACUCAACCGGGGGAGGCGUCGCCAGCCCAGUCGAUCGCGCCCACCGUCGACAAUCGUCUGAGUGGCGGUGCCAUCGCUGGGAUUGUUUUGGGCUGUGUAGUGGGAGCCUUACUGAUUAUCCUGCUGAUUGUGUUUUUGAUCCGGCAUCGAUAUAAAAAUAAAAAAGCCGUGACUGGAAGGCAAAGGGCAAGCGAGAAGAACAACGACUAUUGGGAUCACACGAGUGCGUUGCACCCAAACUCCGCCUACAUUAAUCGAGCCUACUCACUUUCAAACCAGAGGACAUUGGAGAGGACAUCCCAAGAGAAUACCUCAGGGAAAUCCGGCUUCACCGGCACUGUGCCAUUAUAG